AUGGGUGCAGGAUAUGACAAGGGUCUGUAUAAGCCGUUGUUCGAUGUUGUAUCGCGUGGGGAUUGGAAUGAAGCAAAGGAGUUUCUUACCCUACAUCCAGAUGCAAUAAGAGCAAGACAUCCGUACUCAAACAACACAGCUCUUUACAUGGCAACAGAACUAGAGCACGAGCAUAUUGUGGAAGAGUUGGUGCAGUUGAUGUCCGAGGAAGACUUGGAAAUAACAGAUAAUGAUGGUUGGACAGCUCUUGCUCUUGCUGCACAAAGAGGAAAUAUCAAAAUGGUUGAAUGCAUGGUUGGAAAAAGCAAGAAAAUACUUGGUAUUACCACUAACCAGAAUUUGACUCCAAUUCUCUUGGCUUCUAUCUAUGACCAAUGGGACGUCGUUCAUUAUCUUUACUCCGUCACUCCCAUCGAGGAUCUAAUGCCAGAAAAAGGCCCAUACGGCGCGGGACUUAUUUACUACUUUAUAACUGGAAGGAAAUUUGGUAUGGCUCGGGAAUUAAUUCGGUGUUGCCCACAAUUGGUCCUUACUAAAGACCACUAUGGGGUAAUUCCGAUAGAAGCAUUUAGGCCUUCUGCAUUUCCGAGUGGAACACGUCUCAAAUUUUGGCAACAAUGGAUCUAUGAUAGUUAG